AUGACAGAUCCCCGUCCAGUCUCCGCUAAUAUAGCUGUACUUCUGCAUGAAGAUGGAUCGAGGCCGCUAACUCACUCGGAUGCGAUGCCCAUGGGUAACUCUCGGCUUCCUCGCCCUAUGUCAACUUACAAGCCUCUACCCAGUCCUCCGAUCGCGCAGGUGUCAAACCCCAAUAGUCCGCCAAAAGCCCAGCGUACGCUCAUAGACGCUCAGUCUGAGAGCUCUAUACACGGCAGGUGGCCGGUACUUCACCCCGAGAAUGUUUCUUCACCCUCAAACUCGUUGGCUCAAGAUUCUUAUGAUGGCGCCGGCGAUGACCGCAGCAUCCGAUUGAAGCCACUCUCAUGGCAUGCAUCAGAUGCAGAUGCAAAUGCGCAUACCGGUACAGGCCCAAUCCUCAAAAUAUCUGCUGACGCCGAUGAAUUCAUUCUCGGCACUGGUGACGAUAUCCCAGAAGUACCACCUAUCCCGGCGGUAUUCACUGAGCGUCUCCAGCAGACACGCUCUUUCAGCAAUCUCAGGGCCCGCCUCGCGGAGGUUACAGAGUACAAGUCGUCACUGAGCAAUGCGCCACCAGCUCCAACAGUGCACCCUGUGAGAACAUUGAGAAGUUUGACCCCUGUCGUCAAAAUCAGCCCAAUUCGCUCCAUGCAGCCUGCAAGAAAAGUCAGCCCAGUCAGCCAUUCACCAAUGUCUUCGUCGCCCCUCGCCAGGCCCUCUACGAGCUCGAAUUCCGAAGACAAAGUAGUUGUGAUAACCGCUGACAACACAACUCGUACUACAAGCCACUCAGAUCAUCACAUGAAGCUUACAGGAUCCGCUUCAAAGCCCACGAUCAUUGUGUCCGAGCCCACAGCACCUCCAGAGAUCUUUGAAUCUACUGAAUUUCGUCAGGAGUUUCCUGCAUCUCUUUCAGGAUACACUCAAUUGCCAGACGACGAGCCAGUCUUGGAGGUGAAGAAGACCGGGAUCAGGAAGACAAUCACAAGCAUCAUGAAUUCGAAGUCCUCACCAAACCUGAAGGACAACUCCGGCAAUGAGACCAAGAGCUGGAGAAUGAACCCUUUCAACAAGAGCUCGCUGUCAUUGUACAAGACGGCGCAGUCCCACGAUACCGUCCGCAACCCCGAUUCUGAUAGGUUGAGGACGGCGGAGACUGUGACGUCUGAAACUGAAGAGGGCUCUUCCAGUCACGAAACAUCACAGCAGCGCCAAUCAUACCAAUCCGACGAUCACUUGAUGGACUCGUCGGUGACUCCCUCCGCUCCAGAAGAUACAUUGUCGGACAAGCAAGAUCGCGGUAUGACAGAGAAGAAGAUCAAAGCCAAGCGCAGCAUUCGCGACAUCUUCACUCGAGGCAGGUCGCGCACCGGACCAGAAGAACCGAUGCCUACUACCAAGCAAGGUUUCCUGAGUGCCACGAGCAGCUCACUCACCAAGGCCAUGCGUGAUGCAAAGAGUUACUCCAUGGUCAACCUCGCCGUGCCGACCGAGUCCAGGCCUCAGACUGCACCUGCUCCCAGUCAGAAGAAGGACAAAGGCAAAAAUCCCCCCAUUCCUCUUAGUGCCGGUCUCAAGUUGAACAGUACUUACGCCAGUCCAGACAGGAAGCUCGUACCCGACGAACGCGAGAGCACACGCACCUUGAUUGAAGACAUGCUCGAACGCUUAGAUAUGCAGCCUCGCGACUCGAGUGAGCAUCUGCGUAUUGUUCAGAUGGCAGAGUGUGUCAUGAGCGCUGCCUUGAGCGCCAAGAACUGCGAGGAUUGCGCAGAAGAAGCCAAGCAAAACGCCCGCAGUGCGGAGAUAUGUUUGGGAAUGGCUACCAUGGAGCUCGAGCGCUUGUAUAAUAUUGUAGAUUUUUCCGAUCUCGACACCGAGGUUGCGAGCGGCAUCAAGCGGCUCGGUCGUCUGUUCAGAACCGGUGGCAAGCCGGACUGGCUUUGA